ACCCAUGUUCAUGGGCGUGACAUGUUAUUUGAGAAACAGAACUCAUUAGAUAAUGUUUUAAAUUCGAAUAUCCAUUACGUAAACAAUUGUAAAUACAUUUUAAUUACGGGCCGACUAUAUAAACACAUUCAUUAAAAUAAAUAUAGUCAUAUAAAUGCCACUGUUUCUGUUCUCUCAACUCUAAAUAAAAUUAUUAGCGGCUUAGAAGAAAAAAUGCACUAUCAAGAACAGAUGGAGUCGCUUAUGUUGGGAGAAGAACGCAGACGCGGAAACUACGUCAGAGACGCAGACGCGGACGCGGACGCAGAUGAAGGUGUUAACUCUCCCUCUUCUUUUCCAAACUCUCCUGAUGAUUCGGACCGUCGCACUUCUUCUUCUUCUUCAAGGAGAGGAUUGUCGAAACAUUACAAAGGUAAAUCACAAUCGUUCACAACGUUGGCAGAAGCGCUAACUGUGGAAGAUCUCGCUAAGCCCGAGAAUCCAUUCAACGCAAAGCUGAAGCAGCGACGAGAGAGCCCUCACUGUCGUAGAUUAUCCGGAUGCGGCGGCGCUUCGGAGCGAAAUUUAAGUGGUCACGACGUUUUUCUCGCCGGAAACGAUGGGCCGCAGCGACUCCCCGGUAACAGACCGCCUCUGAGAGCCCAGACGCUCUCGGCGGCUCAUAUUUCGGCUUUGCUUACUCGAACCUAAACCGGAACAGAACCGGGUUUUGUUUUGGACGAUGUUUUUCAAUCUUUUGUUUUCUAAUUUUGUACAAGUUACUUAAAAAGUGUGUUGACCUUUUGAUAAUUUUGUAAUUUUCCAGUUUAAUUUAGAAAGCACUUGACAGUAUAUAAUAUACAAGUAACUGACCAUA